ACCCUGGCCGAGCUAGGGGGAGGUGCUGAGGAAAGCCGCCGGGAUCCACGCUGGCCGCGGGAAACGAGGGCUGGGGGCUGGAGGGGCUGAGAGGCCGGGGGGUUCGGACUUCGGAAGACAGCCUCACCCGAACCUUAUCCCGGUGCUUCCAGGGGAGCUGCGCCCCAGCCCCAGGCACAGCCCCUUGUCCGGACCUGGGCUGAGGGGGAAGCCGGAGGGCCGGGCCAGGGUCUCCUUCCUCCGCCCUGCCCUGUCCGCCUGCCCUUGGGCUGUGGCCUCCAUAGAUGGAAUCAGUGCCCGGCCCCUUGGAGUUCUUUCUACCCAAGCUAGACCCGCUGGGAGGAAGAAAAAUUGACGGUGCUCCAGUUGGCCUUACACAGGUUCCUCUAGGUCAAACCCCUUCACUGUGCCAAUGUUCCAGCUGUCCCACGUUCAGAACUAUAAAAUCCUCUUCAUCUGGUGACCCAAACCCCCAGCUGGAAACAAAGCAACAUGCUGCAGCAGGUCAAUGGCCAAGAAACGAGCCCCCUCUCCUGUGGCAAUGACCCUCUCAGUGAAGAUCUGCAAGUCUUCCUGGGGAGUGAUUUCCAGUUGGCUGAGCUGGACGACCUCACGAAAGUAAACCCUGUGACUCCAGCGACAGUCCUGAGGUGUCUACAAGAGAGGUACCAAGUGGAUGUAUUCUACACCACCGCCGGCUGCACCCUUGUGGCUCUGAACCCCUUUAAGCCUGUCCCUCACCUCUACUGCCCUGAGCUGAUGAGGGACUACCACAUAGCACCUCAGCUCCAGAAAUUAAAGCCUCAUAUCUUCACCGUGGGUGAGCAAAGCUACAGGAAUGUCAAGAGCUUGCUGGAGCCUGUCGACCAGUCCAUCAUUGUUAGUGGGGAGAGUGGAGCAGGAAAGACUUGGACAUCUCGGUGCCUGAUGAAGUUCUAUGCCACAGUUGCCAAUUCCUCUGCCUCUCAAGAGACACAUGAGACAGUGGAGAGAAUCGAGAAGAGAGUCCUGGAUUCUAAUCCAGUCAUGGAGGCUUUUGGGAAUGCUUGUACACUUCGCAAUAGCAACAGCAGCCGUUUUGGGAAGUACAUCCAGCUCCAGCUGAACAGAGCUCAGCAGAUGACUGGGGCCUCUGUCCAGACAUACCUCCUGGAGAAAACUCGAGUUGCUUACCAGGCCCCACUGGAGAGGAAUUUUCAUAUCUUCUAUCAGAUUACCAAAGGAGCCAGUUCAAGUGAAAGGUUAGAGUGGCACCUGCCCGAGGGAGCUGCUUUCCAUUGGCUGCCCAAUUCUGACAGGACCUUGGAAGAGGACUGCUUUGAAGUGACCAAAGAUGCAAUGCUCCACCUAGGCAUUGACCACUCCACACAGAACAACAUCUUUAAGAUCUUAUCAGGAUUGCUACACCUUGGGAAUAUCCACUUUGAUGACUCAGAGGAUGAAUCCCAGGUUUGCCAGCCACAGGAAGAUGCUAAAUGUUUUGUGAUGACGACGGCCUCUCUGCUCUGGAUCCCCAAGGAGGAGCUGAUGGAGACCCUUCGAGUCCGAACGAUCACAGCCGGGAAGCAGCAGCAGGUCUUCAGGAAGCCCUGCUCCCGGGCUGAAUGUGAGACCCGGAGGGACUGUCUGGCCAAAGUCACCUAUGCCCGAUUGUUUGACUGGUUGGUGUCGGUCAUCAAUGGGAGCAUCUGUGCAGAGCCCUCCACCUGGACCACUUUCAUUGGGCUGCUGGAUGUGUAUGGGUUUGAAUGCUUCCCCAACAACAACCUGGAGCAGCUGUGCAUUAACUACGCCAAUGAGAAGCUGCAGCAGCACUUUGUGGCUCACUACCUUCGGGCCCAGCAAGAGGAAUAUGCUGCUGAGGGGCUAGAGUGGUCCUUCAUCAGCUACCAGGACAAUCAGAGCUGCCUGGACCUGAUUGAAGGGAGCCCUGUCAGCAUCUGUUCCCUCAUAAAUGAGGAAUGUCGUCUCAAUAGGCCGUCCAAUGCCACCCAGCUCCAGACCCGAAUUGAGAGCACCCUGUCCAGCAAUGCCAGCCUGAACCGAAACAAGUUCAGCAAGGACCCCAACUUUAUCAUUGCCCACUAUGCUGGCCCUGUGCAAUAUCAGAUUGAGGGCAUGGUAGAGAAAAAUAAGGAUCCAGUUCCACCAGAGCUGACGCGGCUCCUGCAGCAUUCUCAGGACUCUCUGCUCCAGAAACUGUUUCCUUCCCAAGAAAAGGAACCGAAUGACCUUUUAGGCCAGAGCAGAGCCCCCGUGGUUACUGUGGUCUCCAGGUUCAAGAGCUCCCUGGAGCAGCUCAUGCAGGUUCUACACAGCACCACGCCCCAUUACAUUCGCUGUAUCAAGCCCAACAGCCAUGGCCACGCCCAGAGGUUCCGGGCAAAAGAGGUCCUGAGCCAGCUUGAAGCCUGUGGCAUUGUGGAGACUGUUCACAUCAGUGCUGCUGGCUUUCCUAUCAGGGUCUCCUUUCAAAGCUUCCUUGAACGGUAUGACCUGCUGAGAAAGUCCUACCCAUCCCAGCCCAGACCCUCCUCCAGAUUGCCCAGCUCUUCGCCCACAAAGGAGCACUCAGGACAGCAGCCAACCCCUGAGAAGGAUGCCAUGCUUCAAUCCCUCAUCAGGGACAUUCUUCUGACUCUGCCUCCGACAGUGGUUACUCUCAGAGACCACCCAGAGGCCAGGCUGACUCCCAGCCCAAUCCACUGCGGUAGAACCAAGGUUUUCAUGACUGACUCUGUGCUGGAGUUGCUAGAACACCGGCGAGUGCAAACCCUGAAUAAGUGUGCUAGAUGUAUCCAGUUCAGUUGGCGACGACACCAGCGCAGAAAGCUGGAGAAGCAGAGAUGGGCAGCCACUCUUCUACAAGCAGUGACUCGCUCCUGGCUAACACGGAAACACAUCCAAAGGCUGCAUGCUGCUGCGACCUCUAUCAAGCGUGCCUGGCGGAAGUGGAGGGCCAAAAUGGAUUCCCUAGUAUCCAUAGAACUGGAUGGUGUGGAAGAAAACUGCUUCGCCAAAGUGCCUUGCCCCACCCUCUCUACCACACUGCCACGGCCCCCACGUGAGACAAUCCAGCUGUGGCCCCUGGGACUCCUGCUGUCAAAUGCACCUGUGGGUGUAAUCGGGGUGCGGAGGAACCUGUCCCUGCAGGCUUGUCUGCAGAUUCCUUGCCACAGCAACAUCUACAAGGUAGAGGCCACCCAGCGUGACCAGGCUGGCAUCACCUCCAUCAGAGCACUGCCCCAGGGCUCCAUCAGGUUUCACUGCAAGAAGUCCCCCUUGCUCUAUGCCAACAUCAGUCCUGAGCCACAGAACUACAACAACACUGGCUUUAAUCAGAUCCUGCUGGACAGACACAGAUUGAUUCCAGUUUGAUACUCUUCUUGCCCUUGAACCUUGCCCACCCUCUGAGGUGGGGCAAGUCUCCCUGCACUGCACUUUGUUUUCCUUCAGGACUCGGCCUCUUGAUGCAUUUAUGAAACACAGUAUUCCAAUCAUCCUCCCCCAGGGACCUCAAUUAUACAUGAGACUAUACCUCCCCGAGCCCAACUCUUAGAAGCACUGAUUCUAAGCACGUUAGCAGCCCUGGCAGUGAUGAGGGCCUUCGGCAGUUUAGCCUUUGGGCUCAUGCUCCCCAGGCACAGGGCAGCUCCUUCAGGUAGAAAGGGAGAAGGGUCAGUGCAGGUUUUUUAGAGUGGGAUUCUGCAAAUCGUGCUGGGUGAAAGCAGUAGGAAUGUGGCUGAAAUCAAGGCAGAGACUUGUUACUUGAUAAAGUCUAGAUAAUAGUGUUAUGUUGACACCAUCCAAAGUUACUUCAGAUGAUUAGUUUGUUCUACACCAAAGAUGAUGAUCUGGAGAAAAUGAAAACAGCUUGCACUAAAAUCAGUAACUCUCCAUUUUAUUUAAAUGUCAUUACUAGUGGCAUCCAAGAACAAGCUGAGCCAAGCUGAGCCAAGCCGAUGUUUUACUCAGACAUGUAGGAGAGGGAAACUUGGCCAAACAACCCCCUCUCCUAGGCUUGUUUUGAUGUGUGCCAUGAACAAAUAAAACUUUUUAAA